AAAAUACAGAAUCAUCACCAUUAUGUUCCUCAUCCAUCUGAGAAAUCAAAUACUUUUAUCUCACUCUUUUGCACGUGUGAAUUUCUUGUUAAGCUUGCUUCCCCAUUUAAAAGUGGUUUUGAAAGGCAAUCACACACUUUGAAUAGGUCAUCAAAGCAAAGCAUCGUAAUGCAACACAUGACAUGAAUGCGUAAAUCCAACACAUGACAUGACUCCCACCACUUUUGUCAUAAGGCAUGAUUAAAAAGAUUUCUCAGUAGUUUCUUUAGAUAUUUCUGUCAAUUUGGCCACCGUAGUUACUAAAAUAUGUGGUAUGGUUAUGUUAGGGUUUGAGGUAUGGAACUGAUCUUAUUGGCUUAUUACAUUGAUAACACUUUUUUUUCAGGCUUUAAUUUCACAGCUGCUUAAGUUGUGAAUAUAACUGUGAUGUCAAUCAUGUCUUCAUAAGACUGUCUUUGUUGUAAUUUAUGGCUCCAGAAACUAUUCAUACCCACUUUUAGGAUGUUGGGAGGCACGGUGGCCUCAUGGUUAGUGCACUCGUCUCUGGAUCGAGUGGUCCAUGAACCAAAACCUUUGAUUUCCAUAGGGACGGGGGACGAGUUCUGACAAAACGCAAUUGAUUGUCUAAAUCAUCCCUUUUAAAUAGAACAAAACAGUGAAAGCAUGGAUACCAUGGAGUCUGAAGGAGUUCCACCAGAGCAAUCUGAAUCAGAGAUUGCCAGAGAUGUUUCUGUGACAAAGGAAGAUGAAAUAAUGAGACUGGAAGAUAGUGAUGGAGACGAAGAUGUGCUGGAAGACAUUGGUGCUUUAUCCUCCGGUGAUGAAGACUUCUAUGUUGGUAAGAAGAAACCUAUUAGCAAAGGACGACCUCGCAAGAAGAUUCAACAACCUGCUAGUGUAUUUCCUGAGCCUCAAGUCCAUCAUAAGACAAUGCCCCCGAUCCCUGGCCUUCUGCAUGUGCGAAACAUCACCAAGGAAGAGUUAGCUAGGAUGGAUCCUGAGGAGCGGAAAAAACCUUACGCAUGCGAGAUUUGUGGGAGGCGCUACAAGAAUGGCCCAGGACUAAAGUACCAUUAUACACAUUACAAUCAUGAGCAGGAGACAGGUGCGACGAUGCACCACGAGGAGCCAGUGAUAUCUCACCCAUCCACUCCAGCACCCACUGUCCGUCCAGAGUCUCCAAAGGUUCCUGCUUCACCUCCACAGCAGAGAGGUCCUGGGCGUCCCAAGAAAGUGCCAGGGAGUGGCACAUCUCCAAACAACUACUGUGAUUUUUGUCUGGGCGACGUGUACGAGAAUAAGUCGACGGGAUAUCCAGAAGAACUAUUAUCAUGUGCAGAUUGUGGUAGAUCAGGGCAUCCCUCCUGUCUUCAGUUUACUGGCAAGUUGACAGAAAGUGUCAAGAAAUACAAAUGGCAGUGCAUUGAAUGCAAAUCUUGCACCCUUUGUGGAACUUCAGAUAAUGAUGAUCAGUUACUUUUUUGUGAUGGCUGUGAUAGAGGAUACCACAUGUACUGUCUAAAGCCACCCAUGCAAAAACCGCCUGAAGGUCAUUGGACAUGUGCAUUAUGUGAAACUGCCGUCACACCAGCUCCUGUCCCUCCGUCCCACAUGAUGAUCAAGGCAGAGUGGCACUGAAAUGAUGCAAUGAAUAUAUUGCGAUGCACACCCGUGUGUGCAUAGCAAUAUAUUUUAGUGGGUCAAACACGUUGUUAUUAUCCCCAUACAGCUCCAAAGUCUUAGUGAAAUCAUCAUACCCAGGGCUCGAAAAAAUUCCGUUCUGUUCAUUUGUCUGGGACAAGUAGAUUUUCCUGCUGGGCAGGUAACUUUUCAUCCUUACAUGUCCAAUGGUCAAGGACCCAGACAAGAUUUCUUCCAACUAAAUAAAAAAAGGUAAACUAAGAUUUGCCUCAGGCAAGUAAAUUUUGUGAGCUGCCUGUUUGAACAGCAAGCUUGAAUUCAAUUUUUUUCAAGCUCUGAUACUCAGUGAAUUCUAUGUCAUAAUUGCUGUAAGGUGGGUGCAUGAUAGUUCACGAGGAAGAUGCAACUAUAUGUUAAAGUAACACAAAACAAGCAAACAAGUCCAAAUAAAUUUAUUAACUAAA